AUGAGUUACGAUUUAUCACGAGUUGAUUACACUUUAUGUGGAAUAACUUAUCCUGAUACACUUAAAAUAUUGCCAGCAUCUGAUCAAAAGCUCAAACAGAGGUUUGUAGUUGGUGAUAAAAAUGGAGUGCUUCAAUGUUUGAGCAUAAAGGAUGAAGAACCAGUCGUGAACUUUAAAACACUACCUGGAAAACCAAUUACUUGUGUACAAUUAGGUUCAAAUGCGGGAAACACAUCCGACAAAAUAUUUACGGCUUCCGGAAAUGAGGUUAAGGGUUAUAAUAGAAAGGGCAAAGUGUUUUUCGCGAUUGAAACUUCAGUAUCAGAAACCAUCACUUCUAUGUCCGUUAUUGGAAAUGAUUUGAUAUUAUGUAGCGGGAGAACGAUAACAUUUUAUAGGGACUUGCAAGAAUUGUAUACAUAUAUUUGUGAUGAUAGAGUACUUGAUUCCACACCAUUUAGCACUCCUAAUAGCGUCCGUGUACGUCUGCUGGUCAUAAUUGCAAAUAAAGAAGCAUUAAUAGUUGAGAACGGCAAGCUUCUGCAGAAAAUAUACGUACCUGCUGGACCUACCAGCAUUACUGUUCCACCAUUUAUAGGACAUGAUGUAUCAGCGAUUUAUGGUUCCGCUGAUGGUUCGAUUGGCGUCCUAAAUUAUCAAGAGUCAGAAUUAACCAGUAAAUGCUUGGUACCUGGCGCUGGGUUGGGUUCUGUAACAUGCCUUGGUUGGCUCAAUAACAGCUCUGGUUAUCAUUUGGCCGUUGGACGUCACGAUGGUUCAAUACAACUACACUUGAUCAAUAGUGAGAAUUUAAAUGACAAGCCAAGACUUAAGUUUACUUAUUUUUCUGGAGAACCAGUUACAUCUGUUUGUGGUGGUGUUAUUACUACGGACGAACCCGAACUAUUAGCAGCAACAUUUUCUGGAAGAAUUUUCGGUUUAAGAUCUAAUCGAUUCAUGCCAGGAAAUAUAUCGAGUGCAUCGUUGGAUGUUCUAGCUAAUCGACGCUCAAAACUUGAAGCUGAAGUUGCUAAAUUGGAGAAACAAGCAAUCAGUGAGCGGGAAAAAUAUCAAAGAAAUACACGAUCUUUUCUUUCUGGUAUAUCAGUUCCACCGCUUUUGGAAAUCGAGUAUGAGCUGACUGGCGCCACUCACAACAAUUGGCAGGAAGUAAAACUCAUAUCAGCGGUUCCCUUGGACGUUCUGUUCGUAUAUUGUGAAAAUAAACUUGAAAUACAGACAGACAGUACAGCCGUACUUAGCAUUUGUACUCAACAGGAAAACAACAGCCCAGAACUUCUAGCGACAAUUCGUUGCCAAGCUGGCACAAGAAGAUUAUGGAUGCGCAUACGAAUUUUAGACGAUAAUGAAACAAAAAUGGAAGGAACAAGAGUACUUAUAUAUGUUCUGCCAACGGGAGCUCCGAGAGUGGCUCGACUUAUAAAACUAUAUUUGUCGUUAUUGCCACACUAUUCUAAAUAUGAGUCACCUGACAUAGAAAACAAGCAAAGGCCUUGUGAGCUGAAUAUAUUAGGACCUUUCUCUGUAGCUGAAAUGACAGCGUGGUUGUCUCAAAUUUUACCGGGAGAAUUACCGAGACCGUCAACGACAGUUAUAUUUGCACGAUCUCAUACUACUCUUGGAACUUUUUUGAUAUACAUUCCAGAAGACUGCUGUUUAAACGCUUUUAAACUUUUAGAAGAUAAAUUUAAAUCUGCUUACAAUUACCACAAAGAAUGCGAGAUUAAAGACGCUAUAAGUUCUUUAGAUUUAGAUGAAAAUGUCAUCAAAAACGAAGAAGAGCCCGUGCUGUGUAGCGAUUACUUACGAAUUUUGAAUUCAUUAACAAAGGAAGACAAUAUGGAGGAAACAUUUGAAGUGCUCAUUGAUACAGUGGAAAAGUGGUAUUUGAAUUGGUGUAAAAUAUCUUUUAUGGGACGUCAUAGUAAUGCUCACCUUUUAAAAUUACAACAUGCUCUACAAAAUUGCAAUAUAAGCGAAAUCGAAGAAUGCUUGACAUUUAAAACUCAGACUGAUGAAAAUUAA